ACACUUGAAAGUCUCACAUUAUUUAUUACAAAGUGAGUCUAUUCUUUCAUGACCAGAUGAAUCUUGCGCUUAUUGAUUGAGGUCCAACCACUGAUAUAUCAAGCCUCAGGCUCGAUCUAUAAAUCUAAAACAUCUCGCUCCACGGUACACGUGAUCGACUUUGCUGUGCCUCUACAAUGCGCGCAGCUUUUUGGUCUACGCUUAGUCCACCAAUGAAUUCGAGCUUCUGUCUAUCGAUCUCGGACCAUUAAACCAACUUCUACUUACUAGAACAGCGAUGUAAUCCUGUGCGAUUGGAAUAUCCCCCGCUCGGAGCAUCUCCGACGGUGACGUGGGUGAGGAGAUAUCCCCACGGAAGAAAAGCCGGGGAGAGUUUACGAAUUUAACCGGAAUACCUUUUAUUUAUUCUUCUUUUAUUAUUUUGUUCUUCUCAACUUUGCUUCAUAUAUACAAUCCUUAUUGCUACAAUCUCAGAGCAACUGGUCCCGAAACAAACAGCCAAGACAAAAUGUCGGCUCCUCUCCCCGCGACCUACGAAGACCUUCCCAAUCCUCGCCAAUACUGGCCAGCUGCCCCUGGCUCGUACGAGGAAGGUCUGGGGAUGCUGCGUCUUCUGACCCCUGAGAUCGUCGCCUCUGCCGCUCGCAAUGAAAUCCAAACGGGAGAACGCGUAUGCUUAAACUGGGAACUCGAGAACCUCAACCCUCCCGGAUUCGGUCGUCGCCCAUUCAACCACUUGAUCAAGUACGUUGACAGUAGCAAUGGCGCUGCAUUGGACGAUGAGUACCAUUUCAACCCUCAACAAUCCUCGCAAUGGGAUGGGUUAAGACAUCAUUCCGCGCCUGACAAGGAGAAUCCCGGGAAGAAACUGUGGUAUGGUGGUACGACAGUGGAAGAGAUCAUGAACACCGAUUCACCUCGUAUCGGGAUCGGGCAUUGGGCCAAGAAGGGAAUUGCCGGUCGUGGUGUUUUGAUUGACUAUGCCUCCUGGGCUGAACGUACCAAGGGUCUGAAGCCCGACUAUGCCCUGACACGCCACAAGAUCUCUCUCGACGAAGUUCUCACUAUCGCACAAGAAAGUAACAUCAAAUUCCAAAAAGGAGACAUCCUCUUCCUCCGCGUUGGUCUCCCUCAAACCUGGAGCGCAAUGUCCGCCGCAGAAAGAAAAACCUACUCAGAGCAGGCAGUGCCUCAACACGCCGGAAUCGAGCAAUCCGAGCGUGUGCUCAAAUUUCUCUGGAACAAUCAUUUCUCAGCCGUGGCUAGUGAUGCCGUUAGUUUUGAGGUUUAUCCCGCCAUUGAAGAGGAAUUUGAUUUACAUCAUCACAUCUUGGCAGGCUGGGGCAUGCCUAUUGGCGAGAUGUUUGAUUUGAAUGGCUUGGCUGAGUUGUGUAAGCAGCAUAAUAGGUGGACUUUUUUUAUCAGCAGUAGUCCUUUGAAUUGUGCUCGUGGUUUAUCCGGUGUCCGCCCCUCGAGUGUCCUCCACAGUCUUCUGGGCUUCUCUUAG